AUGGACCUGCCAUCCUCGUUCUCGCCGUCCCCCGCCAAACCGGUCAUCGCUGUGGCAGGCGGGACGGGCGACCUGGGAACACGCCUGACCGAGACGUUUCUCUCUGACGAGCUGCGCACCAGGCUAUCCGGGUUCGUGCUGCUGGCCCGUCGACAAACGGCCCGGACGGAGAGAUGGCGGGACAGACUGGGUGCCGAGGUGCGCAUCAUCGAGGAGGAGGGGGAGGAGUGCGACGAGAAUGACCUGAUCAUGGCGCUGGACGGGGUCGACGUCCUCAUCAACGCCAUCUCAAGCUCAGGAGCGAAACUCCGGGACAAGAUCGCGCGCGCGCUGCCCAAGACGGGCGUGAAGCUGUACUUCCCCUCGGAAUUCGGGGUCGACCACACGCUGCACGACUUCGCCGUGCCCGAGUGGGACGGCAAGAAGCAGCACUACGAACUGGUCAAGAAGGUUCUGGGGGAACACGACGCCGACAUCCGCGUCUGCAGGAUCUUCAACGGCCUCUUCCUCCACAGCGGCAUCGGGCCCUGGUACGGCUUCCACACCGCCAAGGACGUGUACCAGGCCGUGGGCAGCCCCGACCAGGUCAUCAGCUACACCGACAUCAGCGACAUCGCGCGGGUUCUCUGUCUGCUCGCCGAGCGGGCGGUGCGCGGGGGUCCGGAAACAGUGCCCGAGCAGCUCAGGAUCGCCGGCACGCACGCGAGUUUCAGGCAGAUCGCCCGGACCAUGAGCGCGGCCGGCGCGGGGGACAUCGAGCUGAAGAGCGUCGGGUUGGAGGGGUUCAGGAAACGGGCUCUGGACCGCCAGUACGAGGACCGCGGGCCGAUCGUGUGCCUCAGGUUCAUCAUGGGGGACGGACGGGCGGACUACAGACCUAGAGGAGAGGGUGGACUGGGCAACGACAACCACGUCGUCAACCCGGACCACAAACAUUUUGUCUGGAAGACGGUGAAUGAUUUGGCUAUCGAGACAAAGGGCAGACCAAAUGGCCAUGCCUGAUUUUCUUCCCUAACAGGCACAUCAACGCUAGCGACAGUCGAUGUUUGACGCUCUAAGACUCAACGGGCACCUUCGCUCUUACCGCAUCCGAGCGGCGUUCCACGUCUCGAAUUCUAGCAACAUCUCCCUUGUGAUACUCUUGGGGGUCUUCUCGAUGGCUCUCCGAAUGUCAUCGGACACGAUAACCUCGCGGUCGGCGUCAAAGGCAUUCUCCCCGGCGGUCUGGCAAAUGGCUACGAUCUCGGCCCCGGAGAACCCUUCGGUCGAACUGGCGAAUUCGCGCACGUCGUCGUCGAGACCGCUUGUACUCUCAUAGACCCCUUCGAGGCGCUUGUGGAAGAUCUCCUUCCUGGCCUCUACAUCCGGCGGGCCAAUGUACACCACGUUGUCAAAUCUUCCCGGGCGCAUCAGGGCGGGAUCGAUGUUUUGCGGCUUAUUGGUCGCGGCUACCACGAACACGUUCCGCAGCUCCUCGAAGCCAUCCAUCUCGUUGAGCAGCGUGGUCAGGACGUUGAGGUCGCUGCCGCUCCGCCCCCGGGAGGCGAU